AUGGCACCCCAAGAUGACUCCGUCAACUUCGACAUUAUCGAAUCGCACAAAGAGAACAUCCAAGCUCUCCCCAGCGGUCGCUCCGCCCGCAAACUCGCAGAACUCUUCUCUCCUUCACAUAGCGCCAGCAGCUCUAGGCAAGCGCUGGCACCACAACUAACACCCACUCCGAACCCUACCGAAGUCAAGUCCGUCAACGACGCCAUCCGCGCCGAAUACGAAGCCGAGCUUGCCGCCUUCAACCCCGAAGAGCAAGAUGACCCCCUCGACAUCUACGACCGCUACGUCCGCUGGACUCUCGACGCCUACCCGUCCGCCUCGGCCACACCGCAGUCGCAACUGCAUCUGCUGCUCGAGCGCGCCACCCGCGCCUUUGUUGGCAGCGCCCAGUACCGCAACGAUGCGCGCUACCUGAAGAUGUGGCUGCAUUACAUUCGCAUGUUCAGCGAUGCGCCCCGCGAGGCAUUCGUCUUCCUCUCGAGACACCAGAUUGGCGACCAGCUGGCGCUGUAUUACGAAGAGUUUGCGGCGUACCUGGAGGGCGAAGGUCGAUGGGCGCAGGCCGAGGAGGUUUACAAGAUGGGCAUUGAAAAGGAGGCCAGGCCGGUAUCAAGGCUGGUGAGGAAGUUUGGCGAGUUUGAGCAACGACGCGCGGCGUUGCCCGAGGCUGCGGGACCGUCGAAGCCGAAGAGUAAGCUGGCGAUCUUUUCGGAUGCGGAUGCGGCUGCGCAACAACCGGCGCUGGGCUCUCUAGGUGCUGGUUCGAAGGGAUGGGAUAGUAUUGGGAGCUUGUCCGAUCGGAAGAAGGAGAAUACUAUGGAGCCGAAGCCGUGGGCCGGCGAGGUGCUCAAGGCUGGUGGAAAGAAACCUGCGCAGAAGAUGCAGGUAUUCAGGGAUACGACCAAGACUACGAAUCCUAUGAUGAUGAUGAACAAGCAACAACUUUCUCAAUCACAUAUUCCAAUACACCACUCUCAGUCCCAGGUGACGGUGAAUCCGGUAACGGGUAAGCGGGAGCGGGUAUUCGUUGACCUUAGAGUGAUCUACCCGACACCAGACGAGCCCGGUACGGAGAUGAGUUUCGAAGAGAUAUGGGCUGCUCGAAGAGGUUGGCUAGAUGUGGUUUGGGAGGACGAAAGAAAGAAGCGACCACUGGAUGCGAUAUUGACUCCAAAAAGGGAUGAAAACAUGGAAGACCUGACCCUGGAGAUGGCGUCGACGAAAAUUGUGGCCUACCAUGAUGUUUUGAAACUAGACGAAAACGGGAAGCCCAUCUACCCUGAACACAAGGCUGGCAGGAGUGCCAAGAAGAAAAAGGUGAUCGAGGUGAACGAGACACAAAUCAUCAAGGCUAAGCUGGACUCUCCUUCUGGGCCCAAAAUGAAGAAGAGAGGCUCAUCAUCAGAACCAACCAUGACACUGCACACAAAGGCAGCAACAGAUGAUAUCUACGACAUCUUCAACGCUCCGAUUAAGCCUGCAGCAAAAACCGGUUUGAGCGACGACGAAGACCGCUACGAUUCGGAUGACUAUACUUGCGGUGUAGAAGACACAUCCAGAAACCUUGCGACCAGUGAGGCAGGAGAUGAGACCACAGUUGUAGAGGCUGUCGAAGAAACGGAUGUUGCAAACGAGGACGACGACGUCAAGAGCGAGUGGUCCGACUUCACAGCACGAAAACACAUUCCUAAUUAUCAAGGAGGCGGUGACGAAGACCAUGAGAUGACGGAUGUUUUGGACGAAGAGCUCAACGGCCAACCUGAAACCUCCCAUUCACAAGUCAACCACAACAGGUUUCCAGACGAAAACUCAAGGCCGGGUGAACAUCCCUUCACUCAACAACCCCCACCCGCAGCCGAAGAAUCACCUCCUAGGACGAGGAAUAUCUUCGUACCAGUACCUCCCGCAGACUACGUCCCCACAAGAAGGCCGUAUCGAGAUCCGGUAGAAGUGGCUAACAACCGCCUGCCCUUCAUGACGCCCAUCACUGAAAGGACCGAGUUCUCGUCGCUCGACGUCACGUAUCACCACCCAAAUAUGCAUCACCCUAUUCUCACCAAGACCCCGUCUAAGGCACCGGGCCUGGAUCACGACUUGAAGGAUGACAUGUCAGUGGAUGGCGAAGAGGAGGAAGGCCAAUAUUCUGAGAAUGAAGAUGAGGAUAUGCUCGAGCCGGAGAGCAGUCCGCUGCGCGAGAUCCCUGAGGAAGACGAGGAAGAGGAGGAACCGCAAAAGAGGUUCUCACCGAUUCCGAUCUUUCAUGACCAACCAGCUGCGGCCAGAUCCCCUCUCGCCGUAAAGUCAGUCACAAUAUCACCUUUGGCACACAGAGCGGUCUCUCCUCUCGCGCCCAGGCUUCCAGGACCUAUCAUCAAAGACUUGCAGUGCAACCCCGUCGACGACCUCGUCCGCAAGAAGAUCCUGGCCAACAUUUACCCUCCCCUCACUUCGUACGAGGGCUUCUACGACCACCGCCAUGAGAAGUUCCGCAAGGGCGCCGAGAUCCGCAAGUUCGCUCAAGCCCAGUCCGCGGCUAGCAAACGCGGAAGGAAGAGCACCUCUGCCGACAAGCGCGAUUCUCUGAACGAGCCGCAUCCUAUCAUGCUGCAGCUCCCUGGCAAUCCCAGCACCAAAUACACCAUCAAGAAGGAACUCGGCGCCGGUGCCUAUGCGCCCGUCUACCUGGUUGAGAACUCCAAGCCCACCAAGACCGCCCCCCAAACCGGUUACGGUUACGGACAACAACAAGAGAACGACAACCUCCCCGCCCACCUGAUCCGCCACCCCCGCGAAGCCCUCAAGAUGGAACAACCCCCGACAGCCUGGGAAUUCUACAUGAUGCGUCUCUCGCACACCCGCCUGCUCGCCGCCAACACCCCGCUCCACCACCGCGCCCUCGCCUCCCUCAGUCCCGCCCUCGAACUCCACCUCUACCAAGACGAAGGCUUCCUCUUCCUCCCAUUUUUCCAGCACGGCACUUUACUCGAUGUAAUCAACCUCUUCCGAUCCGAGUCGUCCGGCGUCAUGGACGAGCAACUAGCCAUGUUCUUCACCGUCGAACUCUUCCGGGCCGUCGAGGCCCUGCACUCGGUAGGCAUCAUGCACGGCGACGUCAAGGUAGACAACUGUCUUCUGCGUUUGCCUACGACCACGGAUAUCCUGCCGACGAACCAGUACCACGCCGACGGAUCGGGCGGCUGGGCCGCCCGCGGACUGACGCUGAUUGAUUUCGGGAGGGGGAUUGAUUUCCAGCAGUUCAGAGAAGACGUGCAGUUCGUGGCGGACUGGAAGCCUACGGCGCAAGAUUGCGCCGAGAUGAGGGAGGGGAGAGGCUGGACGUGGCAGAUUGAUUACCAUGGUCUUGCCGGAGUGGUGCAUGCUUUGUUGUUUGGGAAGUACAUUGAUACGGUACCCUGCGGGAGUGCGCACUCAAGGUCGUUGUUCAUUGAUAAUGGUGCCGGCGGGGGCGACAAUGAGAAGAGGUAUAAGAUUAGGGAGAACCUGAAGAGGUAUUGGCAGACGGAUAUCUGGGGCCAUUGUUUUGAUUUGUUGCUUAACCCCGGGAGCUAUGUGGAUGAUGAGGAGGAAGGGGGGAAGAUGCCGGUGCUGAAGGGGCUGAGGACGGUUAGAGAGCGGAUGGAGGGCUGGUUGGAAGCGAAUUGUGAGAGGGGCGUGGGGUUGAGGGGGUGGAUGGGGAAGGUUGAGGCUUGGUCUAGGGGCAGGAGGUGAGGAUAGAGCGAGUGCUCAUGGAUUCUUUUAUUUUGCGAAUAUGGUGGUGGAUUGCUUUACUUUGCUACAGAACUUGCUUCGCGAGCUGAGGAGGGUAACCAGGAGUUGUGGAAAGGUAUGAAGGUUUUCAACAAGAGCAAAGGACAUUGCUGCACACAUGAUGGUAGUAGGCUUUCUGAUUUCGUUACUAGGAUGGACAUACAUUUCCUUUUCCGUUACCCUUUUAUGGUGGCGCAUGUCUACGCAAUGCUAUACAUACAAGCUACAAAGCAUCAUACCCCCAACUCCAUAGCUAAAUAGCGUUUGUCCAUGGUCGUUAUACAAUAGAACAUGACAAUAUCAUCC